AGUCGGGGUACCAUCAAAUUGCAAUCUGGCCCGAGGAUCAACACAAAACCGCAUUUCAGACCAGGUACGGUCUGUAUGAGUUCGUGGUGAUGCCUUUUGGCCUUUGCAAUGCUCCUGGCACUUUUCAACACGCUAUGAAUCGGAUAUUCCAUGACUACUUGGAUAAGUUUGUCGUCGUGUACCUCGAUGACAUACUUAUUUUUAGUAAGACUGUCGAGGAGCACGUAGCACACUUAGACAAAGUUCUCAAUCUCCUGCGACAGCACAAGUUCAAGAUCAACGGUGAAAAGUGCGAGUUUGGUUGCACCCGUAUCUUGUACUUGGGUCAUGAGAUCUCCGCGGAAGGGUUGAAGCCCAAUGACCCGAAGGUGGCCAGCAUUCGCGAUUGGCCACGUCCUCAGUCUGUGACUGAGAUGAGAUCUUUCUUAGGAAUGACAGGCUAUUAUAGAACUUUCGUGAAGAACUAUAGCAUAGUGGCCGCUCCUUUGAGUGAUCUGACCCGCCUUGACACCCCAUGGGAGUGGACAGAUAAGUGCGAGGCUGCUUUCAGAUAUCUGAAGCAUGCAUURACGCACUAUGAAGUCUUGAAACUUCCUGAUCCUGACAAGCCGUUCAUAGUCACCACGGAUGCUAGCCAAUACGGCACUGGCGCCGUGCUCGCACAGCAGGAGGGACCAAAGUUGAGGCCAGUUGAGUACAUGUCUAAGAAAAUGCCGUCUCAUAAGUUGGCUAAGUCCACUUAUGAGAAGAAACUCUAUGCGGUGUACAAGGGUCUCACCCAUUGGAGACACUAUCUCCUUGGGAGGUUCUUCAUCCUCAGAACUGAUCAUCAGACCCUGAAAUGGAUGAGAACCCAGCCGGUACUCUCUGACGCUCUCAAGCGUUGGAUCGAAGUCAAUGAGCAAUAUGACUUCGACCCUCAGUAUCUAAAAGGGGAGUAUAACAAGGUUGUUGACGCCCUGUUGCGCAGACCAAACUUCUCAGGUGCGCUGAUUACUGAGUUCAGUCUCACGGACAAUGUUACUCAAUCUUUGGUGGAAGCCUAUCGCGAGGACCAGUUUAUGUCUGAGAUCAUACGCAGACUUGAGGCGAAGGACAAGAAGACGUCCGCCGAGUUUGAGUUGGUUAAUGGCUUGCUGUUCCUUGAGAAGGCAGGGAAUAAACAAUUGUGUGUUCCCAAUAGUGAGUCUUUGCGUAGUUUGUUUCUAGGUGAGUGUCAUGAUGCCACCGGUCAUUUCGGGUAUAAGAAGACCGCAGCCAACUUGCUGCAGCGAUUCUGGUGGCCCACGAUGAUGCGAGAUGCACAGCUGUACGUGGAGACUUGUCAAGUUUGUCAACGGGACAAGCCCCGUACUCAGGCUCCUCUUGGGCUGCUCAAGCCCCUUCCGAUUCCGGAAAGGCUAGGUGAAAGCUUGUCCAUGGACUUCAUGGAUACGCUGGUCACCAGCAAGAGUGGGAUGAGGCAGAUCUUCGUCAUCGUGGAUAGGUUUAGUAAGUAUGCUAGGUUAAUAGCCAUGCCGGAAACAGCGAAGACCGAGUAUGUAAUCAGGGUGUUCAAAGAGAACUGGGUGAGGGAUUUUGGAUUGCCUAAGUCUAUUGUGGAUUGGGAUGAGAAGCUUGCUUUUGUCGCCAGUCUGUACAAUAACGCUGUACACAGCGCUACCGGGGAGGCUGUAGAGCACAUGCAGAAGGCGCAGGCAGCAAUGAUAGAAUCUGAGAAUAAACACCGCCGCCCUUCUACAUUUCAGGUUGGGGACAGAGUCUGGGUCAAGUCUUCAGAACUGGGACAGGAGUUCGGGAUAUCCCGCAAACUUAUGCCUCCGUACUUUGGACCUUGGGAAGUUUUAGACGUAGUAGGGACAGAUCCUGACGGUCCAUCUUAUGUCAUCCGUAUCCCUGGUCAUCUAAGAACUCACCCAGUCUUUCACGCCUCUAAGCUCGCUGCAUUCGAGGAAACUGAUCAGUUUCCCUCUCGUCGGUCAAUGCUGCCCCCAACCAUGGACGGAGAAGUCGACAUCAAUGAUAUCGUCGACCACAGGGAGAUGCCCGUUCAGAAGCCUCCAGGAAGGGGACGUCCUCCAAAGCCAAAGCUGCAGUUUCGUGUCCMCUUCAGACAUCACACAGAUCCGAAGGAGGACCGCUGGUUUACUAGGGAGGCAUUGAUGCAGACCGCUCCUCAAGUCGUUGCCCGCUAUGAGAAGGAUGUAUUGAAAGGAAAGCGCCAGAUGGCUCAGGAUUGAUCUUCUCAGAGGACUAACGAAGAUAUGGAGGAGGGAAUGCGAGGCUACGCCCGCUCAGCCCCCUCGGGGCCCUUUUUGCAAUACGUCGGCCGCCCUAAGUGAAGGCAGACGCGACAGGCCCUCAGGGCCUCGAUUUUCAGGGUACCCCGCAACUGGUGACAUCUGGACACAUAUGUAUGAUGUUGUUUGAUUGCUGGAGUUCGUUAAUGCUCAUCUUCCUUGCACAACAAUUGUGCCCCCAGCAUGCAGAUCUCCUAAUAAACAACAAUCAUGCAAUCAGCAGAAUAAAAUAAAAUCCCACGA